ACCAUUUGUAAAAUAUAUAAGGAAAAGAAAGAUAGACAUUAUGAAAUUGAUGUCAGCAGCUGUCCGUGUGUGAUCAACAAAACCACUACCCAAACCAUUAACCUCUCAACUCCCCCCCACAUUAAGUUUCUUCUUCUUCAUCUCCUCAACAAUCGUACACACAUAUUUUCAAAAAAAAAAAUCAUACACACAAUCCUAAUAAGGAAUACUCAAAUGGAUGGAUUGAUUCCAAUGGCGUUUAAAGCUAUGAUGAAAAACAGGACUCGCCGGCGUUACGAAUGUCUCUCUUCCUCCGGUGACGCUACAAAAGAGUCAUACGAUAACUUCUUACCCUUCGCCGGGAACUCCGAUCACUCCGUCGCAUCUCGACCGUCGUUGUCUUUUGAUCAUGUAGAGAUGAACAACGUAGCCGAUCAAGACCGUCACCGCCGUGGUUUGUCGGUCGGAGAUGUUUCUUCUAUGUCUUAUCAUGAAGGGAGAAGGUCACGUGGCGAAGGCGGAGGAAUAGAUAUUUCUCCGUCCCGGAGAGGACAGCUGGUGAGAAACAGAAGUCAUAGGUUGUUUUCUUGUGUCUCAGUGCAAUAGGUCAUUGUGGAAGAAAAAAUGGUAUGGUUUGGUUUGAAUAGCUGCAUAACGCCAACUCAGAAGACAACGUAACUGAACAGUAGGCUGCGAUCUUGCUACUUCGGUAAGAAGAUUCUGAGUUUUCAUGCUGUGCCUGUUUGAUUGUGUUAUUUUGGUUCAGGAAUAGAUAUUAUUAAGUCAGGGUUUAUUUUAUUUUUGUUACGGUGAGGUCGCUGAGUGUUGUUUGCACAAGAUCAUAUCUUUAUAUUUAUGCUACAAAAUCCAUAACCAUAAAUAAAUUUCUCAAUGAAGUUUUAUAGUUA